CUGCUACUGCGGAACAGGAUUUUCGCUCUUGUCCUCUAUUCCCUAUUUCCCCACCAAACUUGGCGAGAGACGACAGCGCAGCGCAGCGCAGCGCCGAGGAGCAGCGAACCCCCCGGUCCGGCGGUAGCAGCAACCGAAGAGAGCAGGAGGAGGCGGGGGACGAAUUAAAAAGCGAACGCGCGUGGCGGCGGUUCAAUCAGGAGGCGCGACCGAUUCCGUUCGUUCCUUCGUCUCCUCCUUCUAUUCCUCUUCUUGAGGCGGCAAGAAGAGGAAUAGUAGGAGAGGGGAGGGGAGGGGGAACUGCGAGCAGCAAGCCGCGCGUUGACAUAGGUUUGCCGCCGCCGCUUGGGUUGAGCCGGCUCGGAGGCGGAGGAUGGCGAGGUUCAUCCUAAGCCUGAUGGAGCUCGCGAUCAGCGCGGCGGUGCACAUGCUCUUCGGCUUCUACGUCUUCAGCACGGCCGUAGCUGCGGACAUCUCGCAGGCGGCCGCGGCGUCCGGGUCCCUCCUGCUGCUGCGGCGCCCUGCCCCCGCGGAGGGGCUCGUCGACGUCGCCGGGGCGGGGGAGGACGACGAGCGGAGGGGCGCCGCGCCCGUCGUGCUCGACGGCUCGCCGCCGCCCAUCGUCCUCGUCCACGGCAUCUUCGGCUUCGGCAAGGGGAGGCUCGGGGGGCUGUCCUACUUCGCCGGCGCCGAAAAGAAGGACGACCGCGUGCUCGUGCCGGAUUUGGGGUCGCUCACCAGCAUCCAUGACAGGGCGCGCGAGCUGUUCUACUACCUGAAGGGAGGGCAGGUGGACUACGGCAAGGAGCACAGCAAGGCUUUCGGCCACGCCCAGUUCGGGAGAAUCUAUCACACAGGGCACUAUCCGGUGUGGGAUGAGCAAAACCCGGUGCACUUUGUCGGGCACUCAGCCGGCACGCAGGUUGUGAGGGUGCUGCAUCAGAUGCUUGCCGACAAGGCUUUCCCUGGUCAUGAUACUUCUGAAGACUGGGUUCUGAGCCUUACCUCCUUGUCGGGUGCGCUUAAUGGAACCACGAGAACUUACUAUGACGGCAUGCUGGCUGAAGAUGGGAGGUCCAUGAAAUCUAUCUGUCUUCUUCAGCUCUGCCGGCUUGGAGUUAUUAUCUACGAUUGGCUGGACAUUCCUUGGCUGAAGAAUUACUACAAUUUUGGUUUUGACCAUUAUGAGAUGUCACGGAGGAAAGUAGGCUUUUCGGGUCUAAUUGAUCUGCUGCUGGGGCACACUGGACCAUUUAACAGCGGUGAUUGGAUUCUACCUGACCUCACAAUCCAGGGAUCUCUAAAACUUAACUCUACACUGAGGACCUUUCCCAAUACAUUCUACUUCAGUUAUGCUACAAAAAGAACAAGAAAGCUAUUUGGAAUUACAGUGCCUUCAAGCGUCCUUGGGAUCCACCCAAUGCUCUUUCUCAGAGUCCUCCAGAUGUGUAUGUGGCGGCACCCUCAAAACGCUCCUCUGCCUUACAAAGGAUACAGGGAUGAAGAUUGGGAAGACAAUGAUGGGGCUUUGAACACAAUCUCCAUGACGCACCCGUGCAUUCCUAUAGAGCAUCCAAACCGUUUUGUAGUCAAUGAUUCUGACUUCUAUCCUUUGCAACCUGGGAUAUGGUAUUACAAGAUUAUUGAAGCUGAUCACAUUCUUUUCAUCAUAAAUCGGGAGAGAGCUGGAGUGCAGUUUGAUUUGCUAUACGAUGGCAUUUUCCAGCGCUGCAGAAAGUAUGCAUUUAGGAAGAGCCCACUUACUGUAGCAAACGAAACGAGCCAAUAGCAGAUUAAACCGAAAGCAAAGUAUUUCUAGGUAGUAGAGAGGAAGAAACAAGGAGGCACAGUGUUUUCUUUCGCUUCUCUUUCACCUCUGGCCACCAUGUAGAUGUCAAUUCAAACAUGUAAACUGUAAAUUACAGUUCUGAUUUGAUGAGUAUUGCAUACCUG